AUGACCGCUUCAAUGUCGCUGAAGAGAAGCGUCAAGCUAGAGUGGCUGAGCUCACCGACAAUGUUACUGGAGAAAAAGUUCGCAGCUGACAAUGAUCUUAAUGAUAUCUUGCCUCUCCUCAANAAGGGUGCUCUGGCAGCUCAGAAUCCUGCUGAGGUCGCCACCAUGGAUGACUUUACAGAAGAAGAGAAAGAGAUCUUCCGAGAAGAGAUUGUUCACAAGUGGCGCCAACCAACGAUUCUUUACGUUACAAUCAUUCUCAACUCGAUUGCUGCGGCCAUCCAAGGUUGGGAUCAGACUGGAUCCAACGGAGCAAAUUUGUCCUUCCCACAAGCAUUUGGCAUUCCCGAAAGUGGUGCAGCCUGUGAGGCCGCUGGCACUUGCUCCAGAAACCAAUGGCUUGUUGGCUUUAUCAAUUCUUGUCCAUACCUGGCCAUUUUCCUCUUCGCUGGCUGGAUCUCUGAUCCUCUCAACCACUGGCUUGGUCGUCGUGGUGUCGUUUUCAUUGCUGCCAUCUUCUCUCUUCUCUCUCCCAUUGGCAUGGCUGUCACUCAGAACUGGCAGCAACUUGUUGUCUGCCGUAUCCUUCUUGGUAUCGGCAUGGGUCUCAAGGAGGUCACUGUACCUGUCUUCUCCGCUGAGGUCGCUCCAACCAAGAUUAGAGGUGGUCUGGUCAUGUCGUGGCAAAUCUGGACUGCCUUCGGUAUCCUUCUCGGAACAUCUGCUAACCUUGCUGUCAAGNNGGAUGUUGGUGAUAUCGCAUGGCGUCUGCAGCUUGGCUCGGCAUUCAUCCCUGCUGUCCCGCUUGUGCUUGGUAUCUGGUUCGUUCCUGAGUCGCCUCGAUGGCUCAUGUCCAAGAAGAAAUACGGCAAGGCUUACCAAUCGCUUCUUCGCUUCCGUGGCAAGCCCAUUCUUGCUGCAAGAGAGUUGAUCUACAUCUAUGCACAGAUGGAGCAGGAAGUAAUGAUGAUCGAACAGUCUGGCCUCCCUGCUAAUGCCGGGUUCUUCACUCGCUUCGUUGAACUUUUCACCAUUCCUCGUCUGCGUCGUGCAGUUCAGGCUUCUGGUAUCGUCAUGAUUGGCCAGCAGAUGUGUGGCAUCAACAUCAUUGCUUUCUACUCCUCAAGUAUCUUCUCCCAAGCUGGAGCUACUGUCACUGGCGCUCUUCUCGCCUCCUGGGGUUUUGGUAUCAUCAACUUCAUUUUUGCCUGGCCAGCUGUCUGGACGAUCGAUACUUACGGGCGUCGCGCACUUCUGCUCUUCACGUUCCCCAACAUGUGUUGGACGCUGUUGGCAGCUGGUCUCUGUUUCUUGAUUCCUACAUCUUCCGCUGCUCACCUGGGACUUAUUGCUCUCUUCAUCUACCUGUUCGACGCUUUCUACUCUCCUGGUGAGGGUCCUGUCCCCUUCACCUACUCUGCCGAAGUCUUCCCUCUUUCGCAUCGUGAGGUUGGUAUGUCCUGGGCCGUUGCCACCAACAAUUUCUGGGCCACUGUCGUUUCUCUCACCUUNCCCCGCCAGCUUCGCGCUUUUGGUACUACUGGUGCCUUUGGUUUCUACGCUGGCAUGAAUGCUCUGGCUUGCGCUAUGAUCUUCCUCUGGCUGCCUGAGACCAAGCAGCGUUCGCUUGAGGAGUUGGACUACGUCUUUGCUGUUCCUACUCGUACCCACAUGAGUUACCAGUUGUUCAAGGUUCUGCCUUACUGGUUCAGGACUACUAUCUUGCGUCAGAAGGAUCUGCCUGAGCCUAAGCUCUACCACUUCCAUAGCGAGACUCCCGUAUCUGAGAUGAAGGUUUGA